CGAAUAUCGUUGAGUGGUAAGAAGCACAUGAGAAUAUCAUGGACAACGUUGUUCCCUACUCCGGCAAUUGUGUACUAUGGUACGUCUUCCGGGAAUUACAGUUUGUCAGCAAAGGGGAGUACUAAUAUGUAUCACUAUCUAAGGUACACUUCCGGGGAGAUACACGAUGUCGUCAUUGGCCCCUUGAACCCAGACACGUUGUAUUACUAUCGUUGCGGCAUUAAGUUUUCUCCAGAGUUCACCUUUAAGACUCUACCAUCACCAUUUCCAAUCAAGUUCGCCGUUGUAGGUGAUCUCGGACAAACACAACGGACGAGUUCUACACUCGAACACAUUGAGAAGUCAAAUUACGAUCUGUUGCUAUUGCCAGGAGACUUGUCGUAUGCAGACAUGUACCAGCCGAGGUGGGAUACUUUCGGGCACUUCGUGGAGCCACUGGCCAGCAAGAGGCCAUGGAUGGUCACAGAAGGAAACCACGAACGAGAGAGAAUCAGAGGGAUUUAUCGCAAGAGUUUUACAUCUUACAAUGCAAGAUGGGUUAUGCCUUACGAGGAGUGCGGUUCGCCUUCAAACUUGUAUUACUCUUUCAAGGCUGGCGGCGUUCAUGUCCUAAUGCUCGGCUCAUACGCCAAUUUCGAACCUGGUUCCAACCAGUACCGUUGGCUGCAGGCCGAUUUGCGCAAGGUUGAUAGGAGAACAACACCGUGGCUCAUUGCUGUUGUGCAUGCGCCAUGGUACAAUUCUAAUGAAGCACAUCAAGGAGAGUAUGCGUCUUUUGGCAUGAAGAAGGCCAUGGAAGAUGUGCUCUAUAGAGCUCGUGUCGAUGUCGUUUUUGCAGGCCAUGUCCAUGCCUAUGAACGAUUCGUACGAGUGUACAAGGAUCAGGCCAACGAGUGUGGUCCGGUGUACAUAACGUCAGGGGCCGGAGGCAAUCAUGAAGGCCUUGCUCUAAGGUUUUUGGAGCCACAGCCAAAGAUAUCUGCUUUCAGGGAGGCAAAUUUCGGGCACGGACAGUUGUCGGUACUAAACGCAACCCAUGCUGUGUGGACAUGGCAUAGAAACAAGGAAGACAUUGCUGUUGCAUCUGAUAAUGUCGUAUUGAGGAGCCUUGCAACUGUCCCAACUUGUUACAAAUCACGAAUACAUGGACUGAAUUGGAACACAUGA